AUGGUUUGUGACUUGAUUUAUCCUGCUAUUGUUGAUCGCAAGGAACUAAACGUGACUUUUUCUUUCUCUUUGCAGGCGAAUGACAUACUCAAGUGUCCAGAUGGUUGGACGCAAGACGACAUUCACUGCUAUAGGUUAUUUAAUAUUAGGCAUUCUUGGAAGAAAGCAGCUGAAAUUUGUGGAAGGUAUGGAGGUGAUUUAGUCCUAAUAGGUGAUUACAGUCAAAAUAAUUUCACCAGCAAAGUAGCUCGUAAAACAUUAAGAGAUACUGGAGAUGUGUCCUAUUGGAUAGGUUUGACGUCGGUCGAUGGCCUAUCCACGAAUACCCUCGAAUCCUCCAGUGGUACUUUCAUUUCAAAAUACACGGGAUUCUGGGACCACAACCAGCCGCAGCCAGACAGAGGUGAAUGCGUUCGUGCCAAACUCAAGGGAGAGUCACAAGUUUGGGAGCUGGCUCCAUGUGAAACGUUACUCCCUUUCAUCUGCCAUAUCAAGUCAUGUCACAGGGAUUCUUUCCACUGCAACAAUGGUCACUGCAUCAGUAGAAAGUUUUUAUGUGAUGGUGAAGACGACUGUGGAGACCAGUCAGAUGAAAUGGAUUGUCCAGCAUCUUGCCACUUUCAUCUGCAAAGCUCUGGGGAUGCAAUACAGUCUCCAAAUUACCCCAAUAGGUAUUUUGCAAAUUCAAACUGCAAGUGGACAUUGGAAGGACCUAUUGGAACUGGUAUUGUUCUUCAGUUUUCAGAUUUUGAUACUGAAUCUAGCUUUGACACAGUCCAAAUUCAAGUUGGAGGGCGCACAGAAGAGAAGAGUGUGUCCUUGGUUACUCUUUCCGGAAGUCAAAAUCUUUCCACCAUGACCUACACCACAGCUUCAAACCUCAUGAUCAUCAAGUUUCGAACAGACGCCUCGGUAGAGAAAAAGGGUUUCAGAGCUAGCUGGAAAACUGAGCCUGUCCGUUGUGGAGGGGAGUUGUUUGCUCAACCUUCUGCCCAAGUCCUCACUUCUGCCACCUAUCCCCAACCUUACCCUGGUGGUUUGGAGUGUCUUUAUGUUCUGACAGCACCAACAGGAAAGAUUCUGACCUUGGAAAUAAUUGAUAUUGACUUGGAACCAGACAAAGAUUUCAUCCACAUUCGGGAUGGCUCAAGCCCUUCUGAUCCUCUCUUGGCUAAAAUGACUGGUGGUGUUGAGAACAACCCAAAAUUUUUAUUAUCUACUACAAAUCAAGUGUACAUUUAUUUCCACUCUAGCUUUGGUGACAGUCGUCGAGGAUUUGCAAUACGUUUCAGAGCUGGUUGUGAAGUUGAACAAGUUGCUUUGGCUGGCAAUUUAUCAUCACCUGCCUAUGGAAUCUCAAAAUAUCCACCUAAUCAACUCUGCACCUAUAGAAUAAGUCUUCUCGGUGGAGGACCAGUCUCCCUCAAGUUCGAUGAGUUUUACGUGGCUCCUGAUGACGUUGUCCAGGUGUUUGAUGGCAUCGGACGAGAAACCGCUGUUCCUUUGCAUCCUGGGUCAGGCUUCAGUGGACUCUCCAGACCUUCUAUCACUUUGACAGCCAGCAGUGGAAACUUUCUGGUUCUUUUUUCUAGCAAUCCAGUUAACACAGAAAGAGGGUGGAAAGCAAGCUUUAGUGCUGAUUGUCCCCAGAUAUCGGUUGGUCGAGGCGCCAUUGCUUCCAGCAGAGAGAGGACGUUCGGAGCCAAGAUUCGGUAUACAUGCCCCCCUGGGCAGGAGUUCAGCACAGGAGUGACCGAGAUCGAAAUCGAGUGCAUACAGAGUGGCCAAUGGAGCGUUUCACAUAUUCCUAGAUGCCAAGAGCGUUAUUGUGGACCAGUUCCCCAAAUCGACAAUGGCUUUGCCGUAGCUGCCUCCAACGUUACCUACCGAGGAAUCGCCACUUACCAGUGCUAUGCUGGUUUCGCCUUUCCCAGUGGCAUGCCAACCGAGACAAUCCGCUGUUCCGAAGACGGGAAGUGGGAAAAGCUCCCCGUCUGUUUGGCCUCCUCUUGCCCUCCCUUGGCAGAGACACCCCACGCCAAUCAGAUGGUUUUGAACGGAGGGGGGCGGAGCUAUGGCACGGUGGUGCGCUUUGAAUGCGAACCGGGCUAUUUCAGAAUUGGUGCGCCUGUGGUUUUAUGCAUGAGUGAUGGAUUGUGGUCGAGUUCACCACCACAGUGUGAAAGGGCACAGUGUCCUAUACUGCCAGAAAUUGAAAAUGGCUUUGUGAUCGAAUCUCAGAGGACCUUCUUCUUCGGUGAUGUUGCUAAAAUCCAGUGUCACCGAGGUUACAGAUUGGAGGGCAGCCCAGUGAUAACUUGCGGACCGGAUCAAAACUUCACCAAUGUUCCGACAUGUUCAGAUGUGAAUGAAUGCUCUGCUUCAACAUGUGAUGCAGCUUCAACAGUUUGCACAAACACAGCUGGUGGAUUUUUCUGCAAAUGCAAAAAAGGCUUUGAGCCAAAUUUUGACUGUAGACCUGUUGGAGAUCUUGGUCUUGGUUCUGGUAUUGUUCCUGACACCAGUAUCAAAGUUUCUGGAGUGGAGGCAGGUUAUGGCAAAAAUAUGGUGAGAUUCGACAGCAGCAUAGGCUGGUGUGGCAACAUCCCAAGACCUGGGCACAACUGGGUCCAGGUUGACCUGAGGGCACUGACCGUCAUCAGAGGGUUCAGGAUCCAAUCCGUAAUCCGCGGAGAUGGGGCCAUGGCUUAUCCCGUUAGUUUGCGGAUACACUACACAGAUGACUUGACUGAUGCUGUCAAAGUUUAUAGUGACUCUGCUGGAAGGCCCAUCCAGUUCAGAAUAAAUCCGGAUAGUCGCACAGGAGUUGCUGUUGUCACUCUACAGCAGCCUCUAGAAGCAAGAUAUGUUCGCUUCGUAAUAAUGGAAUUUGUUGUAGCUCCCUGUCUGAAAUUGGAACUUAUGGGAUGUUCUAGGCAAGACUGUGUUGAUAAAAAUGAAUGUAUGGACAAAAAUGGAGGAUGUGAUCAGCGUUGCAUCAACAGCCCAGGAAGCUUCAACUGUCUCUGCAAUGUUGGAUUUGAUCUUUAUACUGAGAAUGGGACGGCUGGCUUUGAAAUUCCCGAUAGUGAAACCGGACUCAAGGAUGACGAUAUUUACAGAAUUAACAAGACUUGUGUUCCAAAAAUGUGUCCUGCAUUGAACCCCCCUGAAAAUGGAGUCAUCCUUUCUACAAAGACAAACUUCCACUAUGGGGAUGUUGUUGAAUUCUUGUGUGAUUUCGCUUUUGUCAUGGUUGGUAAUCCAACCAUUUUAUGUACCAGCAAUGGAGUGUGGAAUGGCAGUGUACCAACAUGUGAAUAUGCUCAUUGUGACCGACUGCCCGAUGAUCCAUCCCAGGGCCUGAUCUUGAGCUCAGAGACAGAAGGGAAAUUUAUUCCUUUCUUUGAAAAUGUGACCGUCUCUUGCCACGAAGUAGGAAAGCCACUGCGUUCCACGGUCACAGCUGCUUUCAGGCAAUGUGUGUUCGAUCCUCACGACGGAAUGCCAGCACACUGGCUGUCUGGAUCCAGGCCUUCAUGCCCACGAAUUGAUUGUGGCCCACCUCCUGAGACCCCUGGUGCCACGUAUGGAUUUUAUGCUGACACCAGAUAUAAAGCAAGUUUUUUCUUUGGCUGUGAAGAGACUUUCACACUCGCAGGAAAAACGUCCAUGAACGACAAUGUGAUCCGCUGCCAGGCUGAUGGAAUUUGGGAUUUCGGAGAUCUCAGAUGUGAAGGUCCUGUUUGUGAAGAUCCUGGACAUCCUCCUGAUGGAGAACAAAUUGCUAUUAGCUAUGAGCAAGGUGCAGAAGUGGAAUUUUCUUGCACACGACCUGGAUACGAACCAUACAGUGCUGAGCCUAUCAAAUGCGAUAAAAAUGCAGAGUGUAAAGUCAUAAAACCGAUCGGCAUUGCCAGUGGCAUCAUCCCAGACUCUUCUAUCAAUGCUACCUCACAGCGACUCAAUUAUGAAGCUAAAAAUGUCCGACUGAACAGCGCUACGGGUUGGUGUGGCAAGACGGAGCCUUUUACCUACGUAACUGUCGAUCUCGGCCGGAUAUUCAUCAUUACCACUCUCCUGGUUAAGGGGGUGAUCACCAACGAUGUGGUUGGUCGACCAACAGAGAUACGUUUCUUUUAUAAAGUUCAAGAAGCAGAAAAUUUCGUUGUUUAUUUCCCUAACUUCAACCUGACAGAAACUGAUGCCAACUUUGGGGCUCUAUCUGUCAUUAAUUUGCCCUUGAGUGUGAGGGCGAGGUACGUCAUUUUGGGCAUCGUCUCCUACAGCAGGAAUCCAUGUCUAAAAUUUGAACUUUUGGGAUGCGAAGAGCCGAAGCAACCCGUUCUUCUGGGAUACAAUGCUGGAGCUCCCAUCUGCAUAGACAAAGAGCCACCGCAGUUCAUAAAUUGUCCAACGAAGCCCAUCGUGGUCACCAGGACACUCUCUGGUCUGCUACCAGUGAAUUAUUCCGUCCCGGUUGCCGUGGACAAUUCUGGACACAUUGCCAGGUUCGAGAUUCAUCCUCUUGGAUUCUCCCUGCCAGCUACUGUGGUUGAAGAUAUGACUGUGGUGUACACAGCCCAUGACUCUGAUGGAAAUGUCGCUGUCUGUGUGGUCAACAUAACUGUUCCUGAUUACAACCCACCAUUUCUCAGCUGUCCUCAGUCCUAUGUUGUGGAGCUAGUCGAACAACAGGAAAGCUACACGGUAAACUUCAAUGACACUCGUAGAUUCAUAAAUGCCACCGAUUCCAGUGGGCCUGUUUCUGUUAUCCUGAAUCCUGAAAUGGCUGUUGUUCCCCUGUGGGGCUUCAGGAAUGUCACUGUCACUGCCACAGACCUUCAUGGCAAUGAAGCGUUUUGCCACUUUCAAGUGGCCGUCCAACCAGCUUCUUGUGUGGAAUGGUCUUUGGAUGCUCCAUCAAACGGAAUUGUGAACUGUCUGCCAAAUGAUGAAAGGAAUGGAUUUCGAUGCCUGGCGACUUGUAACAGUGGCUUUAGGUUUACUGAUGGAGAACAAGCAAAAACAUUUACCUGUACUAGUGGUCAGUCAUGGCAGCCAAUGAGUAUUGUUCCCGAUUGUGUUCCUGAAGACACCAACCAAGCUGCAUAUGAUGUCAUGGCCACAGUGGAUUAUGCAUCAGAUGAACCAGUUUCAGUGCCUUGCAUUAAUCAAUACAUUGGAUACCUGAGAUCUUAUUACACUUCCCUCAACCAAGUGCUUUCAGAGAGGUGUUCUGCCAUUAAUGUGAAGAUGGACAUCACAUUCCAUAACACAUCCAUCAAAAUAAAGAGCGAAAGUGAAAUUGACAUCAGUUACACCAUCAGGAUUGAUCCAGUCGUGCGCCAGACUCUGCUCUACGACCUUUGUGGCUCGACCCUGGGACUUAUUUUCGAUCUCAGCGUUCCGAGCACAUCGGCCAUCAUCGAACCGAUUUUGAACAUCUCGUCACAUGGCCUCAAUGGCCAGUGUCCAGGGCUUCAGGCUGUUCGUUCUCACGUCACCAGAGGCUUUGCCUGUGAAGAUGGCGAAGUGCUCAAUAAUGUCGAAGGACAAGUGCCUCGCUGCUUGCAUUGCCCAUCUGGAACUUAUGCAUCCAAAACCAACCUGUGUCUUUCUUGUCCACGAGGAUUCUACCAGGAUCUUGUUCGACAGGGCUCCUGCAAACGUUCUGAUGGGACAUAUACCAGAUAUGAAGGCAGCAAAAAUCGUGUUGACUGUAUACCUGUGUGUGGUUAUGGUACAUACUCUCCAACUGGUUUGGUACCCUGUCUUCAGUGUCCAAGCAACACCUUCAGCACUUACCCUCCGAGAGAUGGGUUCAAAGAAUGUCAAAGGUGUCCUUCUGGUACAGUUACUUAUGCUCCUGGGUCCAAGUUUUUCGAUGACUGCCGAGCACAAUGUCCUCCUGGAACCUAUUCUGAAACGGGACUGGAACCAUGUGGUCCUUGUCCAACCAAUUUUUUUCAACCUUUGGAAGGUCAGACAACCUGCUUGGAAUGUGCUGCUAAUCACAGAACUCUCAGACCUGGUGCACUGAGCCCUGAAGCCUGCACACCAGUUCUAUGCAAUGCCCAAACUUGUCAGAAUGGCGGAGUUUGUUUGGUGCAAAGGCACCAACCUAAGUGCUAUUGCCCCGCUGGGUUCACUGGACAGUUCUGUGAAGUGGACAUUGACGAGUGUGCCAGUCGACCUUGCAACAAUGGAGGUACUUGUGUGGAUCUCCCUCAAGGUUACAGGUGUAUGUGUCCACCUGGAUACUCUGGCAUGCAGUGCCAAUUGGAACAGUCGGAAUGUCGAAAUGGCACCUGUCCAGAACGGGCAAUGUGCCAGGAUCUGCCCGGGCGUGGCACCUUCAACUGCUUGUGCCGCUCGGGAUAUGAAGGACCCUCUUGCAACGUCACUGUGGACCCUUGUACUUCUGCCGAGAAUCCUUGCCUGAAUGGGGCCACUUGCAAACCGUUGCUCCAAGGAAGAUAUACCUGCAUUUGUCCUCCUGGUCUUACAGGACCAACCUGUGAUGUUAAUAUAGAUGACUGUGCUGAACAACCCUGCCUGCUUGGAGCUAAUUGUACUGAUUUGGUAAAUGAUUUUGCUUGUGAUUGCCCACCUGGAUUUGGAGGCAAGCGCUGUCAGAUGAAGUACAAUCUCUGUGCGUAUGACCCAUGCCUUAAUGGGCUGUGUGUGGACCACCUGUUCUUCUACAGUUGUUUAUGCUUCCCUGGAUGGACUGGGCCUUCUUGUGAGGUGGAUAUCGACGAAUGCAGCAGCAAUCCCUGUGCCAACGGCGGGGAAUGCGUGGACCUGGUGGACGGAUACAAGUGCCACUGUGAGCCGGGAUACACUGGCUCUCGCUGCCAGCAUCCCAUCGAUGCCUGUGAGGAGGAGCCGUGCCAGAAUGGCGGCACCUGCUUCGACCUCAUCAAUGGCUUUGCGUGCCAGUGCCGCCCAGGGUAUGUGGGGCUCCAGUGCGAGGCCGAAGUGGACGAGUGCGUCAGCAGCCCCUGCAAUCCGAGUGGCACCGAGAAGUGUGUCGAUAUGGACAAUGCCUUCAAGUGCAUGUGCAAUCCCGGUUUUACUGGAGAGCUCUGCGAGUUUAAUAUCAAUGAGUGCAUGUCCAGCCCUUGCCUCAACAAUGGCAUCUGUACCGACACUGUGAAUGGAUUCCGCUGCCAGUGUCCACAGGGUUGGACAGGAGAGCGCUGUGAACAAGACAUUGGUGGAUGCAGUGGAGACCCUUGCCUCAACAACGCCAAGUGCAUUGACCUCUUCCAAGAUUAUUUCUGUGUAUGCCCCUCUGGCACAGAUGGCAAAAGGUGCCAGACUUCCCCAGAGCGCUGCAUCGGAACCCCGUGUCAGCACGGUGGCAUUUGCAAUGAUUAUGGCAGCGGAUUAAACUGCACAUGUCCGGCAGAAUUCACUGGCAUGGGAUGCCAACUGGACUAUAAUGCAUGCGAAGAAAACGUGUGCCAGAACGGUGCCACAUGCGAAGAUGUGGGCGAAAGAUUCCGAUGCAAUUGUCCACCUGGAUUCACUGGCUCUCUGUGUGAAGAAGAUAUUUCAGACUGUCUUCCGAAUUCGUGCCCUCCCACUGCACAAUGCAUCGAUCUCACGAAUGGCUUUUAUUGCAAGUGUCCAUUUAACUUUACCGGAGAAGAUUGCAGAAAACCUAUCAGCAUUGAUUAUGACCUUUACAUCAAUGAUGAAAGCAGAUCUUCCAGUGUGGCCCUGGCAGCUCCAUUUGAUUUGGGUACAACGAGCCUCUCUAUUGCAAUGUGGGUUCAGUUCAACAGCCACGAGUCCUCAGGAGUCUUCUUUACUCUGUACAGUGUUGAGUCUUUGCACUUGCCCGUGGGCAAAAAGAUCCUUCUCCAGGCUGACCAAGCAGGUAUCCUUAUCGGUCUCUUCUCUGAUGACAUUCCGGACACAUUCAUUCCCUACUUGAAGAAUGUCCCCAUCAAUGACGGCCAAUGGCACCACAUCGUCAUCAUGUGGAACGGAGAAACGGGAACAAUUUCACUGAUUACUGAUGCUGCAGUCGCUGGCACACUGACAGAUUAUGGCGCAGACAUGAGAUUGCCACAACAUGCUUGGGUAAAUCUUGGAUCACCACUUGAUGAGCAGAACAGAGCUGUUGCAUCUGCUGGGUUCCAUGGCCGAAUCAGUCGUGUGAACAUUUGGAAUAGAGUCUUGGAUAUAUCUUACGAAAUUCCUACUCAGUUUAGGAGCUGCAAAAGCGCACCAGUUAUCUUUGAUGGGCUGUUGCUGAGAUGGACUGGAUAUGACAGAGUUGAUGGCACCAUCGAAAGAGAAGGACCUGGCACUUGCGGGGAGUAUGUGUGCCCUGUGGGUUUCACUGGAGAUGCCUGUGUGAUUCAGACCCAAGAUAAGUUGCCACCAAAGGCCUUGGAAUGCCCUCAGGACAUCUGGGUAGUGACACCAAAUAGCAGCGCACAAGUCUCAUGGAAGGAGCCCUCUUUCACAGACUCUAUGCACACUUUGUAUGUCAUGGAGCACAAAGGACUUACGCCAGGACAAACUCUAAGCAGAGGCAUCCACCAGCUUUCUUACAUUGCCAAGGAUGCAGAAGGGAACACUGCCAAGUGUGACUUCCGUAUUCAUAUCCUGAAGGAAUUCUGCCCCCUCCCGCAACCCCCCGUCAAUGGGCAGAGGCACUGCUCUGACUGGGGUCCUAGUGGCCGCUUCAAAGUGUGCACCAUCUCCUGUGAUCCGGAUCUGGAGUUUUCUCAACCCAUCGCCAAGUUCUACACUUGUGGUGCAGAGGGUAUCUGGCACCCACCGUCUGGCCAUGGAUCCAGCCUUGUCUUCCCGGCUUGUUCAAAACGAAGACCAGCUCAAAAGAUUUUCCGCAUAGGAAUGAACUUCCCAUCUUCUGUGGUUUGUUCCGAAUCUGGUAAAAAAAUCUUGAAAUCACGAAUCGAAAACAAUCUUCUCCGGGUGAACCGCGAAUGGAGGAUAUGUUCGGACAAUGUGCCGGGAGUUUGCAACGGUCUCAAAGUGAAAGUUCAGUGCAGCAAACAACCGAGAAUCGCACGGCAACUGGAAAGCAAUGAACUGUACAUUGUAGAAAUCUCUUUCCCUGCAAAUAAGGAUCCUGUUGUUAAUAUAAAUACUCAGCAGCAAUCCAACAUCCAGAAAGUUCUUGAAUCCGCCAUUCUGCAAAAUCAAGCUUUCGACAUACAUGACACGCUGCCCAACGUUUUGCCUGAUUUGACUUCCUUGGACAUGGUUACUGACUACACUUGUCCGUCUGGCCAAGUGGUGGUUGCUCCAAAUUGCGUUGAAUGUGGUCUGGGAACAUUUUACGAUAACUCGAGCAGGAGCUGCCUUUCCUGUCCUGUUGGUACAUACCAAGAUGGUACGGGUCAUUUGACCUGCAAAGCUUGUCUUCAAAUCGGAGACAAGCAAGGAACAACCGAAAGCACUGGAGCAAGAUCCAUUUCUGAAUGUAAAGAACGUUGCCUCCCAGGAAUGUACUAUGACGAUACAGCUAACCUGUGCCGCCCCUGUGGCCAUGGCUUCUAUCAGCCAAAUGAGGGAGCAUUCAGCUGUUUAUCUUGUGGUCCUGAUUUAACCACAAAAAGCAAUAAAGCAAUAUCGCUCCAAGAAUGCAGAGAAGAGUGUGCUGCCGGCUAUCAGUUGACCAAAGACGGAAGUUGUGAACCUUGCAUGAGAGGAUAUUUUAGGCCUAAAGGAGCUCCGGCCUGCAUCAAGUGUCCAUUGAGGCGCACCACACCCUCCAUCAGUGCCAAGUCGGAAACAGAGUGCUCUGAAGAGCUCUGCAGUCCAGGCUCUUUCAUGGACGUGAGCAGACACUGUGUCCCCUGCCCGAAAGGAUCUUACAUGGAUCGCGAGCAGCAGGAAUCGGAGUGCAAACCCUGCCCCCAAGACACCACCACUGCCGGCAAGGGGGCCAUCUCCGAGACUGAAUGCACCAAUCCCUGCCUGGUGGACGGUAAGAUGCGUCUUUGCCAAGCCAAUGCAUUCUGCGUCUUCAGGGAGGAGGCGGAUUCCUACGACUGCGACUGUCAGCCUAAAUAUCGCCUGGAGAACAGGACGGGAGAAUGCGUGUCCGUUUGCGAGAACUACUGUGUGAAUGGGGGCUCCUGUGAAGUGCAUUCAGACACGCACGAGCCUGUGUGCCACUGUGCGACAAACUUCCACGGGUCUCGCUGCGAGAGCAAAGCCGAGUUCGUUUAUAUUGCCGGCGGCAUUGCUGGCGCUGUGAUAUUCAUCAUUUUAUUGGUGCUUCUCAUCUGGAUGAUAUGUGUCAGGUCAUCCGCUCGAAAGAAUUUACCAAAGAAAAUGCCAGAGCCAGCCAUGGACCUGAGCAGCUCACAGACUAACUUUUACUACGGUGCACCGGCUCCUUACGCAGAGAGCAUCGCACCUUCACACCACAGCACUUACGCUCACUACUAUGACGAUGAUGACGAUGGUUGGGAGAUGCCAAAUUUCUACAAUGAAACAUACAUGAAAGAUACUUUACACAAUGGAAAAGGAAACAGUUUAGCGCGAAGCAAUGCAUCUAUCUAUGGAAACAAAGAAGAAUUAUAUGAUAGAUUAAGAAGGCACCAAUAUCAGGGCAAAAAAGAUAGUGACAGUGAAGAUCAGGGUUAAAAACAUUCAUUAAUUUAACUUUUAUUUAAAUUAUAUUGUAACAUGACAAUCUGAAACACUUCUGCAAGGAAUCCUUCAAUGAAUCAUGUGAAA